AGUCUGGAUGAAGGGGGGCUGUCACCGUUUGCUGCCUCAGUAUUACCUGCAGAGCCCCAAAGGAUCAGCUACACUUGUCCUGUGUGUGUGUGUGUGUGUGGACAGAGAGUGUGAGAGAGCGCUGAGCAGAGAGAGAAAGCAAGACUCCAAAGAUCUACCUUUUUUUAACCACAACAGUGGGGUUUACUUUUCCUCAUUCUUUUUUUUCCUGGAGAGAUUUAAUUUUAAGGACAUUUAUUUCUGCUGAGUUAUAGGAAAAAAGUUGCUGGGCAACUGGCAGCAGAUAUGGCUGGUUGUCUGCAAAGGACUGGACUUUGUAAAGGGCAUGCACAUUUGUUAAAAUGCCUCUUUCUGUUUUUCACUUUGGACUUUUGCUUUUUCUCCGUGGACGCAGAGCCACAUCAACUUGACCCGGCUUUCCUCUAUCGUCAACAACAAGGACCUAACGCUGACAGCAUCAUUGUGGCCAACAAUGGCCUCCGUGUUCCCUUUGGAAGGUCAGUUUACCUGGACCCUGUCAAUGACCUGGUUACAGAAGUGCAGCCUGGGGACCGCUGCUCCGUCACAGUCCUGGAGAAUGACCCACUGGCCCAGAAGCCUGGAAUGCUCAGCCCUAAGAAGUUCUCCUGUUCAUUUGGCAGCGAGGAGGUGAAAUAUACUCAUUUUGGUUCCCGUAGCCCCAGUAAGGACAGGGUGAAGUUACAGCUGCGCUACGACUCCCAGACCCACACUGUGGUCAUCCCCUUCAUGUUGGAGGUGGAGGUGGUCUUCCAGCAGCUGGAGAUACUCACCAGGAACAUGCCGCUGGCUGUGGACAAGCUCAAUGGCAACAGCAACCCCAUCGACAAAAAGGGCCUGGAAUUUUCCUUUGAAGACGGCGUCACUCAGUGCAAGGUCGCGACACUGGUCGGCGCCGGCGGUCUCCCCAGGUAUGGCACCCUUUUGAACAAUUACACCAAUGGCCAGAUGAUGGACUGUGAUGAGUUUCUUAAGCAAGGCAUUCGCUACAAGCACACAUCCACCACCAACUCCCCAAACAGAGACUAUAUCCCCAUGUUGGUGGAGAUGCAGGAUAAUGAGGGAAACGUCAUCAUGCAGGAGCAUUUCCAGAUUAUGGUUAGAAUCAAAGAGGGCACAGAAAACACACCUCCGAAGCCUAGUUUUGUUGCUAUGAUGAUGAUGGAGAUUGAUCAGUUUGUGAUGACAGCUGUCACAAGUGACAUGUUGGCUGCAGAGGACGUCGAAUCAGAUCCAGAUGAUUUAAUCUUUAACAUCACCUCCCCGCUUGGCCAUCAGCAAGGUUACAUAAUCAGUACUGAUGAUCAGAAUCUGCCCAUAACCUCAUUCUAUCAGAGAGACAUAAAAGAUUUGAAGAUAGCCUAUAAGCCUCCAUCGGAAGAUUCAGAAGUAGAACGGAUUUUCCAACUCGAGUUUGAAAUCAUAGAUACCGAGGGCGCCGUCUCUGAUACCUUUGCCUUCAUGAUUGUGGUGAAACCUAUGAAUACCUUGGCUCCUGUAGCAACUAAGAACACAGGGCAGCUUUUGUUUGAGGGCCAGUCUAGAUCUCUCUCCAGCUCUCAGAACUUAGAGAUCAGUGAUGAAGAUAACCUUGAUGAUGUGAAAAUCACAGUGGUGGACGGCUUGAAGCACGGGGAGCUGACGGUGCUCGGCUCACGGAGGAAAUUCUUCACACCUGCUGAUUUAGAUAGUGGUAUUGUGGUGUACCAACAUGAUGGCAGCGACACCUACAGCGACAACAUCAUUUUCAGAAUGACCGAUGGCAGCAAUGAGGUUGAGUUUUUGUUCCCUAUCACCAUAGCUCCCACUGAUGAUGAACCCCCUAUUAUCAAUGCAAACACUGGCCUGGUGCUUUUCAAGAAUGAAAUCAUGCAGAUUUCCCCCUUUAUUCUGAGUGCCACAGAUAUAGACUCAGAGGACUCUACUAUUAAAUUCCUCCUCGAGGCCCCUCACUCCACUGUGGGGGAGCUUCUCCUCAGACAAGCUGAGCCUCCCACUGACCCUUCCCUCUGGAAGUUUAGUGAGACAGAUGAGAUGUUUGAACGGGUUGUGACUGAGUGGUUCCAGCAGGAUAUUCUGGACGGGAAGCUCUUCUAUCGCCACACCGGGCCUCACAGUACUACCACCGUGAUUGAUCAUUUUGCGUUCCGCGUCCGAGAUGACAAUGACCCACCCAACCAGUCAGGUGAGCAUACGUUCACCAUUAAAAUCCACCCGGUGGAUGACCUUCCUCCAGAGCUAUACCCAGGGACCACGCUUCACAUAACAGUGCAAGAGUACGAGCUGACCCAUUUCAAGAAGCUGUUUUUGCGUUACACCGAUCUGGACUCUGAUGACAGAGAUCUGAAAUACACCAUCACCAAGCCCCCCACUGACACAGAUGAGAACAACCCCAUUGUCCUAGGUUAUAUUGCUUUAACCGACAGCCCUGACAAAAUGAUCAUUGAGUUCACACAGGCCCAGGUCAACCACCACAAAGUUGCCUAUAGACCCCCGGACCUGGAACUGGGCAUCACUCCAAAAGUCCUUCAGUUCGCAUUCACAGUGGAGGACACUGCUGGAAAUUCAGCUGAUGGAUUAUUCACUAUUUUCCUACAGCCCGUUGACAACAAGCCCCCCUUCAUCACCAACACUGGUUUCACUUGUCAGGAAAGAAAUGCAUACAUCAUAACUAAGAAAGAGCUCGAUGCCACCGACCAGGACACAGAAGAUGAAAAUAUUAUAUUCACUGUGAUCCAGGUUCCCCGCUAUGGGCAGUUGCAGUAUUUAGGAAUCGACAUGUCAAACAGUGAGACAUUCAUCCUUGAGGACAUAGAAAAUAGCCGUCUGGCCUAUAUUCAUAGCGGGGAAGAAUCCCUCAGUGACGUCAUAAAGUUAGACGUCAGCGACGGCUUCCACGACGUACCGAUCAUCAUCAAGAUCACCAUUAACCCGGUUGAUGAUGAGACCCCCACUAUAAUGCUCCCUGCCGGUCUCCUCGGAGCCUCCAUUGACGUCCUGGAAAAUGGAGCGACGGAAAUUACCAGCAACGUCAUCCAGGGCCGCGACGAAGACACUGACGACCUGAUGCUGACCUUCAUCGUUGAGGAGCCCCCCAGGCUUGGUGAGAUCCUGGUGAAUGGCGCCCGUUCGGAGAGGUUCACCCAACAGGACAUCAUUAACGGCCUUGUGGUAUAUGCACAUACCAGUGGUGAGAUCGGAUCCUUCAAAGAGCAUGACUCCUUCAACCUCACCAUCUCUGACAUGUCAGAUGAAUGGGUGGUUGGGGGCAACAAGGUCCAGGGAGUCCGGGUGCUGGUGACCAUCCUGCCCGUCGACAGCAUCCCACCCAUUGUCAAUGUCGGUGAGCAGUUUGUCGUGAUUGAAGGGGAAAAAAAUGUCAUCACCCUGGAUCACAUUCAGGCUGAGGACUUGGACACAGACAGCGAUGACAUCCUAUGCACUAUCAUUGUCCAACCAACAUCUGGUUAUGUGGAGAAUAUCUCACCAGCGCCAGGUUCUGAGAAAUCCAGAGCAGGCACCGCCAUCACCGCGUUUAGCUUCAAAGAUGUAUUCCUUGGCCAUAUCUACUAUGUUCAGAGCAUCCACAAAGGGGUGGAGCCUGUGGAGGACAGGUUCACUUUCCGUUGCUCCGAUGGCGUUAAUUUUUCUGAGCGCCACUUCUUUCCCAUUGUCAUCAUCCCCGCCAACGAUGAAAAACCAGAGAUCUUCAUCCGUGAGUUUGUUGUGAUGGAAGGCAUGAGUCUAGUCAUCGACACACCUAUUCUGAAUGCAGCAGAUGCGGACAUUCCAGGAGACGAUUUGAAGUUUGAGAUCAUAAAGAACCCCAAGCAUGGCAAAAUAGUGCAGCAGCUUACGACAGGCACAGUCCCUGUUGUCAAGUUUACCUUGGAACAGAUCAAGGAGGCCUCCAAUAUUGUUUACGAACAUGACGAUUCUGAGACAAAAGAGGAUAGCUUUAAAGUCAGGCUCACCGACGGGAAAUACACAGUUGAGAAGGAAAUUCUGAUUAUGGUGAUUCCUGUCGAUGAUGAGACACCAAGGAUGGCCAUCAAUGAUGGGCUAGAGGUUGAGAUUGGAGAAACCAAAAUAAUUAAUAACAGGGUUCUGAAGGCUACGGAUCUGGAUUCAGAAGACAAAGAGCUAGUCUACAUUAUACGCUAUGGUCCAACCCAAGGCUAUCUUCAACGAAUCACUAAGUUUGGAGACGUUGUGGGCAACAUUACCCUGAACAUGAACUUCACCCAAGACGAAGUUGACAAAAACCUGAUUCAGUAUGUGCACACGGGCCAGGAGGGCGUUCGCGACCUGUUAAAGUUUGACGUUACUGAUGGCAUCAAUCCCCUAAUCGACCGGUACUUUUACAUUAACAUUGGAAGCAUCGAUAUGGUGUUCCCUGAUGUCAUCAAUAAAGGCGUGACCCUAAGAGAGGGUGGCAAAGUGACCCUCACCACUGACCUGCUGAGCACCACCGACAUCAACAGCCCGGAUGAGUUCCUCAGCUUUAGCAUCACACGUGCCCCUAGCAGAGGUCACCUCGAAUGCACUGACCUCCCCGGUGUACCUAUCUCUACCUUCACCCAGCUCCAGCUGGCCGGCAACAAGAUCUACUACAUCCACACCUCUGACGAUGAGAUGAAGAUGGACAGCUUUGAGUUUGAGGUGACUGAUGGCUACAACCCGGUCUUCCGCACCUUCAGGGUGUCCAUCACGGAUGUGGACAACAAGAAACCUGUCCUGACCGUCCACAAGUUGCUCUUGGGGGAAGGCGAGAACAAGCUGAUCACCCCGUUUGAGUUAACCGCGGAGGACCGUGACACGCCAGACAACCUACUGCGCUUUGUGGUCACGCAGGUACCCGUUCACGGCCAGCUGCUGUUCAACGGCACCCAGCCGAUAAAUACCUUCACCAAGCAGGACCUGAACGAGAACCUCAUCACCUACAAGCACGAUGGUACCGAGACCAACGAGGACAGUUUCUCGUUUACGGUCACCGACGGCACGCACAGCGACUUCUACGUCUUCCCCGACACCGUGUAUGAGACGCGUAAGCCUCAGAUGAUGACCAUUCACAUCAGCACCAUUGACAACGGCGUCCCUCAGAUCGUCGUCAACAAGGCCGCUCCCUCCCUGAGGGUUCUGCACGCCGGCCACCUGGGCUUUCUGAUCACCAGCAAGGUGUUGAAGUCGGAGGACAGAGACAGCCCUCACAAAGUUCUCAAGUACUCUGUGGUCGAGGCCCCGCUGCACGGCUUCAUCAUGAACAUUGAGUUGGGCAAUGAUAGCAUCAAGGCAUUCACUCAAGCCGAUAUAGACGAAAUGAAGAUCUGCUAUGUCCUGCUUGAUGGGAGUAAUGCUACAAGUGACAUCUUCUACUUCACCAUCGAAGAUAACGGCGGAAACAAGCUGAAGCCGCAGCCAUUCCGUCUCAACUGGUCGUGGAUCUCCCUGGAGAAGGAGCACUAUCAGGUGGACGAGGACGCCAAGUUCCUGGAGGUGACGCUCAGACGGAGGGGAUACCUGGGAGAGACAUCGUUCGUCAGCAUCGCCACCAAGGAUGGGACUGCAGAGAAGGAUAAGGACUUCAGAGGCAAGGCCCAGAAGCAGGUCCAGUUCAACCCGGGCCAGACUGUGGCCACCUGGAGGGUGAAGAUCUUAACGGACCAGGAAUUUGAGUCCAGCGAGACCUUUCAGAUCCAGCUGUCGGAGCCCGUCAUGGCUGUCCUAGAGUUCCCGGAUAUAGCUACCGUGGAGAUUGUGGACCCCGGUGAUGAGUCAACGGUGUUCAUACCCCAGGCCGAGUAUAAGAUAGAGGAAGACAUUGGAGAGCUGCUGGUGCCUGUUCGUCGCUCUGGAGACCUAAGCCAAGAACUCAUGGUCAUCUGCUACACCCAGCAAGCCACUGCAACAGGCACCAUCCCCAGCACUGUCCUCUCCUACAGCGACUACAUCACGCGCCCCGAAGACCACACCAGCGUGCUGCGCUUCGACAAGGACGAGCGCGAGAAGCCCUGUCGCAUCAUCAUCAUCGACGACUCGCUGUACGAGGGCGAAGAGGCUUUCAACGUGACCCUCAGCAUGCCCAUGGGGGGCCAGGUGGGGGCUGCCUUCCCCAGCGCCAAGGUCACCAUCCUGGCCGACAGCGACGACGAGCCCUCUCUGUACUUCGGGGAGCUGGGGUACGUGGUGGACGAGAGCUCGGGCUACGUAGAGGUGAGGGUUUGGAGGACAGGCACUGACCUCUCCAAGACCGCCACCGUGACCGUCCGCUCCCGGAAGAGUGACCCCGCGUCCGCCGAAGCCGGACUGGACUACGUGGGAAUCAGCCGUAACCUGGACUUUGCCCCUGGGGUGACCAUGCAGACGUUCAGGGUGACCGUCCUAGACGACCUGGGCCAGCCAGAGCUGGAGGGGCUGGAGACCUUUGACCUGGUGUUGAGAAUGCCCAUGAACGCCGUGUUGGGAGAGCCCAGCAAGACCACCAUCACUAUCAACGACACCGUCACUGACUUACCCAAGGUGCAGUUCAAGGACGCCGCCUACAAGGUGGACGAGGCCGAGGGGGAGGUGAAGGCCGUGGUGUACCGCAGCGGGGACAUCCGUCACCGGUCUACGGUGCGCUGCUACACCCGCCAGGGCUCCGCCCAGGUCAUGAUGGACUACGACGAGAGGCCCAACACGGACGGGUCACUCAUCACCUUCCUACCAGGGGAGAGUGAGAAGGAGUGUGUGGUGAACCUGGUGGACGACAACCAGUACGAGGAGGAGGAGGAGUUCCGCCUGGUGCUGGGGAACCCCAGGAGCAAGUCGCCCUUUGGUGCCUCCGUCGGGGAGCAGAAGGAGGCGGUGGUCACCAUAACCGAUGAAAAAGACAAGCCCAUCAUCCGCUUCAGCGAGAUCAAGUACAGCGUCCGGGAGCCCCAGGUGCCGGCGGAGACGGUGGUGCUGAAGAUCCCCGUCCUGAGAGCGGGGGACACCUCCAAGGUCUCUCUGGUCCGGGUCCACACCAAGGAUGGGUCGGCCACCUCCGGGGAGGACUACAACCCCCUGUCGGAGGAUGUGGAGUUCAAAGAGGGGGAGACGGAGCAUUUUGUGGAAGUGGUGAUUCUGUACGAUGGCCACAGAGAGAUGAGAGAGGCCUUCACAGUCCACAUGAAGCCUGACGAGUACAUGGUCGCUGAGAUACAGAUGAACAAGGCCAUAGUGUACAUCGAGGAGAUCAACAGCGUGGCAGACGUCACCUUCCCUGCAGUGCCCACGGUGGCGUCGCUGCUGAUGUACGACGACACGGCCCGCGCCAAGGACCACCCGCACCCGUCCAACGGUUACCCGCUCGUCUGCGUGACGGCCUGCAACCCCAAGUACCACGACUUUGACAAGACGGGCUCCAUCUGCACGGCGGAGCACAUCAACGACACCCUGACCCAGUACCGCUGGCUGGUGAGCGCCCCCAGUGGGCCGGAUGGGGUCACCUCGCCCAUGAGGGAGGUGGACACCAACACCUUCUUCACCAACACCAAGUCCAUCUCCCUGGACUCCAUCUACUUCCAGGCUGGGUCCAGAGUGCAGUGUGCCGCCCGGGCGUUCAACGCCAACGGGGACGCCGGUCUGGAGCUGUCCAGCCCCAUCGUGGUGGUCAGCAAGGAUGAGGGUCUGUGUCAGCCUCGGAUCCCUGGCACGGUGGGAGCGGAGCCCUUCUCGGCCAAGAUCCGCUACACGGGCCCCGACGACCCGGACUUCCCCAAUCUCAUCAAGCUCACGGUCAACAUGCCACACAUGGACGGCAUGUUACCCGUCAUCUCGACUCGCCCCUUGUCCAAUUUCGAGCUGACCCUGUCCCCGGACGGCACGCGUGUGGGCAACCACCGCUGUUCCAACCUUCUGGAUUUCAACGAGAUCCAGACGGGCCACGGCUUCAUCACGGACGCCACCAAGAACCCAGAGAUCAUCGGCGAGACGUCGCCCUACCAGUACAGCGCGGCCAUGAGGUCCGCCAACAGCCUGAGGUUCUACAGGAACCUCAAUCUGGAGGCCUGUCUCUGGGAGUUCAACAGCUACUACGACAUGUCAGAGCUUCUGGCCACCUGUGGAGGGUCUGUUGGAACAGAUGGACAGGUGCUGAACCUGGUCCAGUCCUACGUGACCCUGCGGGUCCCCCUGUAUGUGUCCUACGUGUUCCACUCCCCGGUGGCCGUGGGCGGCUGGCAGCACUUCGACCUGCAGUCGGAGCUCAAGCUCACCUUCGUCUACGACACCGCCAUCUUGUGGCAGGACGGAAUCGGAAGCCCGCCGGAGGCUGAGCUGCAAGGAGCCAUGUACCCGACCAGCAUGCGGAUCAAUGAAGAGGGACGUCUGGUGGUCAACUUUAAGACAGAGGCCCGUUUCAGGGGACAGUUUGUCAUGAGCCACCCUGGGAGCACCCUGUCUUCCAUGGUGAUGUGUGCCGACCACCCGGGCCUGACGUUCACCCUGUCCCUGGUCCGGACGGAGCCCACCUACAACCAGCCCAUGCAGCAGUGGAGUUUCGUCUCCGACUUCGCAGUGCGGGACUACUCCGGUACAUACACGGUCAAGAUGAUCCCGUGCAGUGCUUCGCCUAACGGGGAGUUCAGCAUUCCCCCUGUGUGCCACCCACGAGAACCCCUGACCUUUGACAUGGACAUCCGCUUCCAACAGGUGAGUGACCCGGUGGCAGCUGAGUUCAGUUUAAACACCCAGAUGUUCUUGCUGUCGAAGAGGGAGCUCUGGCUGUCGGACGGAUCCAUGGGCUUCGGAGAGAACACCGACACUGCCUUCUCUGAAGGCUCCUCCAUCUAUGGCCGCGUGAUGGUGGAUCCGGUGCAGAACCUCGGGGACUCGUUCUCCUGCAGCAUAGAGAAGGUGUUCCUGUGUACCGGCGCGGACGGCUAUGUCCCCAAAUACAACCCCACCAACAAGGAGUAUGGCUGCCUGGCAGACGCCCCCUCGCUACUCUACAGGUUCAAGAUCCUGGACAAGGCCCAGCCAGAGACCCAGGCAACAGCAUUUGGCGAUGUGUUGUUUGAGGCCACUCUGGCCCUAGACACUCCUGGAGCCAUGGCUCUGAUCAGACAGCCGGGUUCAGACGGAUUCACCCUGUCCUCGUCACCACUAUUCCAGGUGGCUGCUGGACGGGAGUGGUUCAUCCACACCAUUUACACCGUCCGUUCCCGAGACAACGCCCACCGCGGCAUCGGCAAGCGCAGCCUGGAGUACCACCACAGCCUGUCCUCUGUCGCCAACCCUCAACCCGAGCACCACUCCUCCUCCCUGGUUCGCCACCGCCGCGCCGCCCCGGCCCAUGACCCGGCCCAGGACAUCGGCGCCGACAACAACCGGGGCACCAACAUCCAGCACAUCGCCCUGGACCGCUCCGACCGCCUGGUGGUGAGCCAGCGCCAGCCGUGGGCGGGGCACGACCGCACUGGGUCAGAUCGCGAUUCACUGGAGCGCCCUCUGCUGGGGAGCUCCGGUAGGGAGCCGGUGGACUCUUCCACUCUGCCCGUGUUGGUAGGCCUGGCCGGGCUGAUACUUCUCGUGUGCCUGGUGGCCGUCGCGGUCGUCCUGCUGGCACGGCGCAAGAGGAGGAACCAGGAGAAGAGCCAGUUCCCUCCCUACUCCACCUCGUCGUGCUCGGCCUACAGCGGUGGAAGUGGCAACAGCAGGGAGGGCAUGAUGGGUCGCGGGUAUAACAGCUCGGACAGCUCCGAGGUCUAGGCUCCAGAUCCAGACCGCCCCCCCAUCAUCCCUGACACCACCCUGGGCCCUCACCCCCCCCCAUGCCUGUGUCCUUUUGAUAAGACAUUGACAGUUGUCAACGGUUCCCACCUCCACCACCGCAGUGCCUUCCAACAAGACUAAUCCAACCCCGGCCUUCUCCUAGCACUGAAGAGCGCACAGUGAACACGGGACAGUCGAUGUCGAUGCGUUUUGUAGGCCUGUAACCAGAGCAUGAAUGUGUGCAUGGCUGGCCACGCUUGGAGGUAGUCACGCGACGCUCACUGUACUCCCUAAAUGAAGUGUAUUUUCCCCUUCACUUUAAUUUUCCUUAAACACAUACAACCGCCUGCUCUAUUGAGCUGCGCUUUAGUUGGGCUACUUCCUGACAGAUCUCAAUAACGUGUACAUGGAGUCCCUAGGUGCUAAUGCACGAUCCACUGUUCAGAGCACCGUCUUGUGGAGAACAUCCCUCCAACUAACGACUACAGUAGCUGAAAACCCCAGUUAAAUCCUCCUGAAAUAGUGAUUUCGGUGUGACAGCAAAAGCCACCCAAAAUUUCCUGAGAAGCAGGUUUGUGGAGACUACUCUGUACUCUGUCCUGUCCGGUUUUUCUUUUUUGGUCCUUCAAUCUGUGUAAACUGGUAAUAUUAUUUUUGUUCACGACUGAGAGCCAGCAGUUGCUGGCUGUAUCGAAUGAGGACGUGAUGAAUUUGUGUAUUUUUGUGAUAUUAAUGGAUGCACUGUGCUUUAGAAGGCUCUCUGUAGACUCAUGUUCCCACCACAGGACAUAGAUAAGGUGCUACUCAAAGGGAUUGCGUUGCGGUCCGGUUUACCAAUUCGAUUGCAGAAAACAAUUCAGAAUGUUUUUAUAAAAUUCUGUUGCAGGUGCGGAUUAAAGUCCCACCACGCGAGAGCAUAAUUAUAACUCCCAUCCUCUGUGUAGAUACCUGCCUGUGUCAGACGUUUCAAGUCAUCACAGAAUAAUGCAAAACACAAAAACAAAAAAGGUAUUAACACCCUGGAGAAACUUGAACAAAAUGUAAACACCUCCUGUUACACAAUUAUCAACAGGGCACCGUUUUUCAAAAUGUCAGGAUUAUGCUUGUCAGGAUAGGAUUAGAUGCAGAUGAAAUCAACAUGGAACAGGGAGUCCCAUUAUCUUUUCGUCCAUUGAAUCCUAUCUGAAAAGCAAAAUAGAGAAAUUGAUCUGGGCCUUGGUUCUUUUAUAUAUGCAAAUGACAGUAUAUAUUUCUCUAUGUAUGUGUCAGAGUUAGUAAUAUACAUUUGUUUGACCAAUUUAGAACAAAUUGGUGACUUUUCAACUUUGUAAUUUCAGUGAAUCAUUUAAUGUACUCCAACGUUGCCAAAUACAAAUGUACUUUUCGGAAUUAUUCUGUUUCUAGUUUUCCCUU